GGGCAGGUGGCCCGGGGUGGAGUCAGCAGCAGCAGCAGCAGCAGCAGCACGGAGCUCAUUCCUGCCCUCCAGCCUCCACAACAGGCCUGCGUCCGGACGGAGAGCACCGACAACCGGCCACUUUGAGGACUUUUCCCCGCUUUAGUCGCCACAAGAACCGGCAGCAUGGGAGCGUACGAGGAGAAAAAGGAAACAUGUGGGACAAUCUGCCUGAAGUACCUCCUGUUCACCUUCAACUUUCUCUUUUGGUUGGCAGGGGGCGUCGUGAUGGCGGUGGGUGUUUGGACCUUGGUGGAGAAGAGCGACUACAUCAGCCUCCUCUCCUCCAAGACGUACGCUGCCUCCGCCUACAUACUGGUCUUGGCUGGAGCCAUCGUCAUGGUAACAGGCGUGCUGGGCUGCUGUGCCACCUUCAAGGAGCAGAGAAGGCUACUGCGAGUGUACUUUGUCCUGCUGCUGUGCAUCUUCCUGCUGGAGAUCCUGGCUGGAGUCCUGGCUUAUAUCUACUACCAGCAGCUGAACGAGGAGCUGAAGCAGAACCUGAGAGACACCAUGAUCGAGAAGUACAAACAGAAGGACCAGGAGCACGUCACCAGGGCCGUAGACAAGCUGCAGCAGGAGUUCAAGUGCUGCGGCAGCAACAGUUCGUCCGACUGGGCCGAGAGCGUCUGGAUUCGCUCCAGAGACGCGCAGAGCAGGAAGGUUCCUGACAGCUGCUGCAAGACUCGCACCGAGCUGUGCGGCACCAGGGACCAUCCCUCCAACAUCUACAAGGUGGAGGGCGGCUGCAUCACCAAACUGGAGAAAUUCAUCCUGGAUCACCUGAAGAUCAUCGGAGCCGUGGGCGUCGGGGUCGCCUGUGUGCAGAUCAUCGGGAUGGUGUUCACCUGCUGCCUGUACCGAAGUCUGAAGGCAGAGCCGUACUAAGACAGGAAGAAGAAGAAGAAGAAGGAGUGAAGUGUGGGUGAAGGAGGUAACUUCACCAACACGUGCCAUAUCCAAACAGCCCAUAGGUUCUUUUCUUUUGCCUUCCACCAAGGGGAGGAAUAAUUUGGCGGGGGAUCAAAUUGCACAUCCGAGGAUCUCAUUUUGGUAAACAAAGGGUAGAGAAACACUACGAGCUUUUCUUGAUGUAAUUAGCCGCUCAAAUUGCAGCCACGUCUCCGAGAUCACAGCGAGGAGAGAAAAAAAAAAAGCAUGUGAGGGAAGCUGAUGGGGACUUUUAACGGCGGCUGUGUAAAUUAGCGCCAGGCGGCCUCCUCCUCCUCCUCCUCCUCCUCCUCGCCGGCGCCGGAGACGCUGUGGAUUUGUCUUCCACUCGGAUUCCCUCGAUGUGCUUUUAUAGGAGCAGGUGAGAGCGGCGUUAAGAU